AUCUCAGCAAAAUUCAUUAAAACACACCGUUUCAUUUGCUGACGGGGAUUUUAAUUGACCAAACCAUGGUUAUCAUGUGGAGCAGGGCAAAAACGCACCGUUUUAAUUUUUCAAUUCCUCUACCCCUUCUUCUUGCUCAUUUCUUCGAUUGUUACUGACCUAAAAUUCACAAAACAACAAAAAAAGAAAAACGAGAUCUGCAGCCACCCAAACCAUGUCUUCAAUCUCUGAACCUUUCAUGGCCUUUGAAAAUGUGACACUCGAACUGUACAAUCUUCCUCCAACGCACGAACGUGGUAACUGCAGGCAUGGAAGGUUAUAUCUGUACACUUCAUGGACCAAAAAUAAUCCGGGACGACGAUUCUGGCGAUGUCGUAAGUCAAGGACGACAGAAGAUUGCGGAGCUUUUCGCUGGUAUGAUGGGGAGGUCCCAUUCGAGCAAAUCAUUAAGUUUGGUGUGCUUUUGGACAAAGUCAGGGGAUUGACGGAUCAACUUGCGAGUAGCAAAAAAGUAAUCGAAGAAUUGAAUGAAACUGUUAAGGAGCUGGAAGACAAUAAAGAAAAAGCUAUAGUUGCUUUUACAAACUUACUGGAUGAAAGUGAUCGAUUGUUGAAGGAAAAUGCAGAACUGAAAUCGCAAGCGUGUGGCUCGCAAUCUUUUUCCAGGUCUUGAACUUAUGAGAUGACGAGAUGGGUGGUUUUUUGGAGCUGGUAUAAUAAUGAACCAGUUGUGGCAGUGAUUAGUUUGUAGGUCUUGUAUGUGUAAUGCUUUAGUUUGUAAUGUAAAGUUGUAUCGACAAUUAGCUAUGUCGACUAUUGACAGUUAUUUAUGUAAUAUGGAUGUUAGGGUAUUUAUAAUUCUAUGUAUGUAUCUACAAUUAGCUAUUUAAAAUUCUAUCUAUGUAAUAUGGAUGUUACGGUUUUCUA